ACCGUCUUACUGCACCCACCACCACCAUCGUCGUCUUCUUACUCCACCCACCACCACCGUCUUACUCCACCCACCACCACCAUCGUCGUCGUCUUACUCCACCCACCACCACCACCGUCGUCAGUCGUCUUCCCGCGCCGCCAUGAGCACCGAGGAGACGGCAGAGGCUCCGCGCAAGAGCUUCAAGCUGCUGGGCAUCCUGGACGUGCAGAACACGCCGUGUGCGAGGGAGUGCGUGCUGCACGGCUCUGCGGGAGCCACUGCCUUUGGCCUCAGUUACUUCCUCUUCACGAGCCGAGUACGGCGCUCCUGCGACGUCGCGAUGGGAGGAUUCAUCUUCACCACCCUGAGCUCCUGGUUCUAUUGCCGAUACCAAAACGCCAAGAUGAGGAUUCAGCAGCGGUCCCUGCAGGAGCGACUUAGAAACCGAGCGCUGUACGAGGGGACGAUCGUGGAUCCGAACUUCUCCGUCGGAGGCCCCCAGGGCCACGCGGGCGCGAGCGAGGACGGCCCCGCCUCGCCGGGGGUUCGGGCGCAAGGAUCGUGAAAAGGGUGGGGGAGAGGGGGGCGGGGCGUCAGCUGCUGGAGUCAUUUUCAAAUUCUGUGGAGCUCAUGCCCCCGAGGCCUCGAGAGUGGCAAUGUUUGUGCCUCAGCAGCAAGAAGGCCCAGGGUUCGAAUCCCAACUCGGGUGUGGAUUUUGUAUAUGUUUUUUUGGGGCUGACCAAGUGCCCGUGCUUUGUUUACCGUUCGCGAAAUCCUGUUGGCGUCGUCGAAGCCACGGGCAACGUGGCGUGAGACGGCAGGACGGGGCGCCGUGUACUUGGCAAGUGAGAUUUGGAUCACAGGACGUCGGUUUUUGCAGCCAAAAUUACGAUUGAUAAUUUAUUUUUGGGGGUAGGCCACGUGAUGGUCUGACUCAAUUGUUCAGAUGGGUUUUCUCAUCAAUUACAGAUUUGAAUCUUAGCAACCUGCAGUUCGUGUAUGUACACUGGCGGUCAAAGUAUUUUUCAUUUUCUUACAACGGUUAUUAGUGGCAUUGAUAGUCGUGAGUUUGUGUCCGCGUGGUUGACGCAAAGGCUGUGCUCCGGCGUGAUGUGACGAGCAGAUUCCCAUCUUCUUUGCGAGAGCGUAAAAUGAGAAUUUUAAAAUUGCCUAAAGACAGCUGCCUCUGCUAGAGAUUUUAAUUUCUGCAACUUGUUUGUGAUAAGCUUAGCAUCUCUAGGGCAGUUGUUCUCCAAGUGUGGUCUCCGCACCACCAGUUAGUGGUUCGUGACGGCCCUCCCGGUGGUCCGCAGGGCUGUGAUGCAAACGCAGCUUGAUCCGGAUAUAGUGACAAUGUUUAUACCUUUUUAUUUCGGACAUGAAUUCAUGUUACCCAUGAUAUUUAAUUUAAAGAUGACGUUAGGUAAGCUACUGUAAUUAAACUACCCUCACCCUAAGAUCUAAAUGGCCUCCCCUAAAUAAAUAAUUAUAUCUGCGUAAAAUAA